CUUUUCCUUCUCAAGCUUCAUGAAUAAAACCUCCCGUCCACAUGUCAUGUUCCAAACUGGCGAGUAAAGUGUCGCUUCAUUUGUGUCGACUAUCUUGCAGAGACGCGCAACUCCAGGUGGACAACGGGUUCGAUCGUGACAGCGUGAUCCACAUUGUCCACUUCCGUGUCUUCCAUCUGCAAGACCCAGCAAUGUCAGGAGAGUUUCUCCAGCGACUGAGAACCAUCAUCCCAAGUGCAAAGCAGAUCGGCCAACUUCUUCCAGACCUGGUAGCUUCUUCCUUGCAACUGCCCAGCCCCACUGUCUCUUCCAGUCAAGUCCCCAGCUUGUUUCGGGAACCUUACAUCUUGUCGGGAUACCGUCCUGUCCACCAGAAAUGGCACUGUUACCUCUUCAGCCUCUUCCAGAGACACAACGAAUCUCUCAACGUGUGGACUCACUUGAUGGCAGCCCUUGUGCUCCUCCAUCAGUGGUGGGCUAAAAUGGGAGCCGUGGGGUACACCUUCACGGCAGCAUCUCUACCUUUAUGCCUCUUCUUUGUGUCUUCACUGACGUAUUUGUUUUUCAGUGCAGCAGCUCAUCUCUUUCAGUCUCACUCUGAGCAUGCACAUUAUUUAUUGUUCUUCCUGGACUAUGUGGGUGUGGCUGUUUAUCAAUACGGAUGUUCCCUUGGACAUUAUUUUUAUACAUCUGAGCCAGCGUGGAGAGCCAGCUCCAUUGGCUCUCUAUUCUUGCCCGGCGCAGCUUUCUUAGGAUGGCUUUUCUGCGCUAGCAGCUGUUUUGCCAAAUCUAGAUAUCAGCGGCCGUAUCCCGUGGGUCGUAAAAUUUGUCAGCUCAUCCCCGCCACUCUAGCAUAUUUGCUGGACAUCAGUCCUGUGAUGCACCGACUUUCAACUGCGGCCUGGUUCGAGGAACCCUCACUGCCCUUCCACGCCCUCCAGGUAGCUUCUUUCCUUUUGAGCGCCGUCUUCUUCUCCUGCCCCAUACCUGAGCGCUUCUUCCCAGGCCGCUGUGACUUUCUGGGCCAAGGUCACCAAAUCUUUCAUAUGUUUUUGUCCCUGUGCACACUGUUUCAGCUGGAGGCACUCUUUUGGGAUUAUGUCAGGCGGAGGGAUACGGUGGUGGAGACAUUUGGGGAGACACAGCUGUGGUGUGCCUGUAUAUCCUUCCCCGCCCUGUUCCUGUUUUGCAUUUUGACAGCACUUGUAACAAUGAAGCACAAACAAAACCAACUAAAGGGUCAAAAAGAGAGAGACAAUUAAGAAAUGUGUGUAUAGAGCUGAAAUCAGAAAAGCAACGGUAUGAAAAGCAGCAAUGAAAUGCAAAUUAAAUGUGAAGUAUUCCAACUGGCAUGUCAUGGUUAUUUUCAAGUAUGCAAAAUAUUUCACAGCUGAUCCACGGAAGAAAUAUUUGCAACAUUGUGCAACACUUUCCUCGAUGAAUCAUUGCUAUUGAGCUGCUGAAGGAAUCUCAUCUGAGUGAGUUGCAAAUAACAGUUUGUUGCUCUACAACAAUUUUUCCCAAUUAUUUAUCAUUAAAGAAAUUCCCCCUUGGUUGAUUUAGAUGGCAUUUUAGGCCAUGAGAUAGUACACAAUUAUCUGAUCGGACUAGUCAGCUCAAUUGUGAGCCAAAAUGCGGGUCUGUUUUUUUUUUCUCAAGCAUGCAGACCAGCUGGCUUCACAGAAUCAUAGGGAUGCCAGAGAACAAUACUGCUAAACAUUGGAAAAAUGACAACAGCGUGACCAAAGCUGAUUAUGCUCAAUGUGUCCUCCGCUGCAGUUGAUUAUUUGAAUAAAUUGUCCUGCUGUACUGUGUUAAAUUAUACACCACAGUAGAAUCGAGAGCAAUACUGGUCACUCUUGGAAUAUUCUGUGUUUCUCUAUAUUGUCUAAAUUCUGCCUGUGAACUGAGUGACUUUUUUUCCCUGAUGUGCAACUUUGCUUAUUUUCAUUAUAGUCAAAUUUUGAUCCAAUGAACUGAAGUUUAAAUGGUGUACAGUAUCAUUAAUAUAUAUAUUUUAAGUGUAGCGUUUAACAUAUUUUACACAAUUGGGACUAGGCCAGAUGACCAAACAGGAAAUAGCAUUUUUAUUUCUAAAACAAUGUUAGCAUUUUUUUUCCUCCUUUAUAAUGUGUUAUGUGUAAGUUAAUAAAGAAAAUUAAUUAAAUUAUAUUCCAACCAGC